UUCCGAAGUUAGUCGCCAUGUUGGAUUUAAAGGGGCUGCAGCCACAUUGGGAGGAGCCUGAAUGAGGUGUCCCCCCCAGACUCCGGGAUCGCCGAAACCGCCGUGGUCUUUGGUGGUGGUGGUGGGUUUAAAAACGAGCCGUAAACGCAUGCGCGCCCCAAUCCUGUGAUCCGAAGGAGGCAGAAAAAGGCAGCAGCAGGUGAGGUUGUAGCUGAAAGACUAUGUCCACAAUGGUAUACCCCAGGGAGGAGAAGAUGGAUAAACUGAGCCAGGAGGAGAUAAUCUCCAACACCAAACUCGUGAUGCAGGGGCUAGAGGCCCUAAAGAAUGAACACAAUUCGAUCUUGCACAGCCUGCUGGAAACCAUCAAGUGUCUGAAGAAGGAUGAGGAAGCCAACCUGGUGCACGAGAAAGCCAACCUGUUGCGCAAGUCUGUGGAAAUGAUUGAGCUGGGGCUUGGAGAAGCUCAGGUGAUGAUGGCUCUGUCAAACCACCUGAAUGCAGUGGAGUCAGAGAAGCAGAAGCUGCGGGCUCAAGUGCGGAGGCUGUGCCAGGAGAACCAGUGGCUGCGGGACGAGCUGGCUAACACCCAGCAGAAGCUGCAGCGCAGUGAACAGACAGUGGCGCAGCUCGAGGAAGAAAAGAAGCACCUGGAAUUCAUGAACCAGCUGAAGAAAUAUGAUGAAGAUGUGUCCCCGUCGGAGGAGAAGGAAGGUGACUCGACAAAGGACUCCCUGGAUGAUUUGUUUCCAAAUGAAGAAGAAGAUCAGGGCCAAGGCUUGCCGCAUCAACACAGCAGCGCGGCAGCGGCUGCCCAGCAAGGUGGCUACGAGAUCCCGGCACGCCUGCGAACGCUCCAUAACUUGGUGAUCCAGUAUGCUUCACAAGGGCGCUAUGAGGUAGCUGUGCCUCUUUGCAAGCAGGCUCUAGAAGACCUGGAGAAGACUUCAGGCCAUGAUCACCCUGAUGUGGCCACAAUGCUGAAUAUUUUGGCUUUAGUAUAUAGGGAUCAGAACAAAUACAAAGAAGCAGCUCACCUGCUGAAUGAUGCGCUGUCGAUUCGGGAGAAGACGCUUGGGAAGGAUCACCCUGCAGUGGCAGCAACCCUGAACAACCUUGCUGUUCUCUAUGGCAAGAGGGGGAAAUACAAGGAGGCAGAACCAUUAUGCAAGCGAGCGCUGGAGAUCCGUGAAAAGGUUCUAGGCAAAGAUCACCCAGAUGUGGCCAAGCAGUUGAAUAACCUGGCACUACUGUGCCAGAAUCAGGGCAAAUAUGAAGAAGUGGAAUAUUACUAUCGCCGGGCACUGGAAAUCUACGAGUCUCGCCUGGGUCCCGAUGAUCCAAAUGUUGCCAAAACAAAGAACAACCUGGCUUCCUGCUAUCUGAAACAAGGCAAAUACAAGGAUGCAGAGGUCCUCUACAAAGAGAUUCUCACCCGAGCCCAUGUGAAGGAAUUUGGCUCUGUGGAUGAUGAACACAAGCCUAUAUGGAUGCAUGCGGAAGAAAGAGAAGAGAUGAGCAAGGGCAAGCACAGAGACAACACCCCUUAUGCAGAGUAUGGUGGCUGGUACAAGGCCUGUAAGGUUAGCAGCCCCACUGUGAACACUACCCUGCGGAACCUGGGGGCAUUAUACAGGCGUCAAGGCAAACUGGAAGCUGCAGAAACUUUGGAAGAGUGUGCUGUGCGGUCACGGAGACAGGGAAUUGACCCCAUUAACCAGACCAAGGUGGUAGAGAUUCUGAAAGAGGGUGACAGCUCUGAGAGGAGGAGGAGCCGAGACAGCCUGGGAGGCAACGUCAAAUAUGAGAGUGCCACAGAUGGCAGCGAGGAAGCUUAAAUGCCUCCUGAGACUCCUCUUCCCCCCUCCCCCCCUUCACCACAAUCACCUGGAUGCUUGUGCCGUACCUUCCGACUCUUCCCUCCAGUCCAUCCCCCCCUCCUUCCGCUGUUCCUGCUCUCCUCGGCAAAGGACUCCACGCCAGUCCCCCCAACCUUCCAUCUCUCUGAGCACUGAGGAGCAGAGCAGCACCGGCAGAGGAAUGUCCAGCUUGCAACACACGGCUGCUCUACUGUAUCAACCGGCAAGAUAACAGGAAGAACCUCUGUGGACCGACCUGCCUCCCUCCCCCCAUCCCUGUCAGGGCCAGGUGUCAGCAGGACUCCUCUCAGCUUCCUCCAUUCUCUUUCAGGUGUCCUAAAUGGGGGAACUGAAUGAAAGCCUCCUCCUGUCUAACAAUGUCCUUGCUGUCCCGUUCUGUGCCCUACUCAUCUGGGUACAACACAUUCCCUUUUCCCCGUUGCCUUCUAAUCUUAUGGAAUUGGCUGCUUCUGUUUGAGUUCUCUGUCCUCUCCUUGGCCUUCCCCUGUUCCUUUUUUCUUCCCCCUGCUGUGAGGGCAGAAGGUGGGGAGUUAGCAGAUGCUGAGAUGCAUGUGUGUCCUAUGAAUUGCCUCAGAUUGUGGGGAAGGGGGCAGGAGGAGUGGGUGAGCCAUAUUCUGUUCUCUUUUCCAUUGUCGGAUCAAACGUGUGACGCCGAAAUGGUAUUUCAUGUGUCCACGGCUGCUACUUGGGGCUGGCAUGCCGCCUUUCAUAGUGGUUGGCCCUGAGACCAAUACAGAUGAAGACGGAAGCAGGCCUGUUCUCCCUUUUUUAGUAGCUGGCGUCUGUUCAGUUGCCCCAGGACAAGCACAGUGGGGAAGAUCAGAACAAUAAAGGCACUGAAGGAUGUGCUGAGCCAAAAGAUGAAGAUCAACAGGCAUGAACUGUAGUCUUCUGGCUGGGACCUUUACUUUUAUUGAGCUGGCCAUGAUCCACAUCUGGGACAGAAUGGGAGACGGGAGAGGUGGGGGUAGGCUGUAGUUGCAGGGGCCGUUGUAGUAGGUAAGUUUUUCAUAUAACAUAUCCUGUUCUGUCCUCACUGAUGAGGCUCUCCUCUGGACCAGCUCUUCCUGUAGUGCUUCAGGGUACCUUCUUUUCAGAAGGAAAUGUCUCUUUGGCUGUGAACAGGGAAGGUUUCCUCAUAGAGGACAGGUAACUGGAGGCAGAAAUGGCUUGACUGCUAUCCGUCUGCCUGCUGCUCCUCUCCCAAAUGUGGGGGAGAAAAAGCAAUUGCAUAUUUACAUCUCUUAAUUUAUUGUCACAAAUGUACAUUUUUAAAAUCAUGCUGUGACUCAACACUGGAGAUUACAAGGACCCAGCUGAAUGCCGCAAAAUGAACACACAGUGCAUUGGUGGUUUUUUCACCAGUUAAGGCAGCAAGUGCAGCUGCUGCUUAUUUAGAAGCAUGGCCACAUGAGCUGGGACUGCAUGUCCUACACAAGUAGGGUGAAGACUAAGGCUGUUGUGUGCGAGAGAGUGCAGGACAUAGACCAGAAGGGGUAGAAGACCCCAUUAUAAAUUGCUGGGCCUCUGGGAGAUUUGAGUGGAGGGGAGGUUGUGGCUCGGUGGCAGAACCAUCUGCUUUGCUUGCAGAAGGACCCAGGUUCAGUCCCCACCUUCAUAGGCAAAAGGAUCAGGUGCCUGGUGAUGCAAAAGACUUCCACCUGAGUCUCCGGAGCGCUGCUGCCAGUCAGAGUAGACAAUAGCAACCUUGAUACAGCAACAGUCUGAUUCAGUAUAUGGCCAGCAUAGUUUGUGUUCAUGUGGGCCAAUAAAUGACUUAGGAUAUGCAAGUUUACAGUGGGAGGGAAGUGUUACGCGGGACAGUGGGAGCCAUGUCUCUGAAUGCCUGAGGGCUUGGUUUUGUAAUGAGUUGAGAACGGGGCCCUGAGGAAGAGGGAAGCGAGAGCGUUCCUUCCAGAAUGCAGAGCACAGGGUGGGCCGUACAGGGUGUGAUGGAAAUAUUUCUGUGGGGUAGGGAUUUAAAGUUAGAACAUGAAUGGGAUACAGUAGGCUAGAAACUGUUCAGGGGGAGGCUAAAUGAUCCAGAUGCCAGUUAGAAGAGAGUUGUUGGAAUUGUGUGUGUGCAGCAUGAUAGGAAAGCCUAAGGAUAUGUUGGUAAAAGUCUGCUAGUAUGUAGGUCUCAUGAUGCCUGGAGAAAACUGGAUGUUGGAAUCUGGUUUCUAAAGCGGGGGGGGGGGCACAGUGUUUUCUUUGCUUGCUCUAGUACCUGGCGGUCAAUGCAAGUCUCCUUAAACGUCUGCGGGUGACCUGGUGCUUCCCCCCACUCCUCCUGGGCCAGCAGGAAACUGCCAUCCAUCUCUUGUAACAUGCACAGUUGUGUGGGGUUUUUUUUGUCCAUGUUGCUGUUCUGUGAGUAUAGCUGGCUUUUUGGGGGGAAAAGAUAUGUUUAUUUCUUAGAGUUAUUGGUAGGUGUUAGGUAGGAUAUGUGCACCUUUUCGCUUAAGGUGUCCAUAAACGGCUGGAAGUCAGAACUGAGUAACAGGAAUGUACUAUUAUUGCCCUGUGAUGUUCCUUCAGUGCUGAAGAUAAGUCACCGGGUCACGAUGGGCUGCUGGUCUGAUCCAGAAGGGAUGGUCACAGGUGAAGGUGUGAGGUGGGACAGCUUGAAGGCUCUGGGCCUAAAUGCCUGCCAUGGCUCCUUUUCAGGGGCCCACUGCAGCCGUAGCGGAGCUUUUUGCUUUGCCUGUGUGUGCUUCGAUAAAAGGCCUGUUUAUGCAUGCAUGAGGCUGCCAGGCAGGCAGGCAGGUGGAGGUGAUAUAGGAAAGCAUUGCUGAGAACCCAGUAGUUUGAGGGUUCUGUCCUGUGCCAGUGGUAAGGGAGAGCCAAUCCCAGGAUGUUGUGAAUAAGCCUCUGGAGUUUGUCCUGGGAAACUGCUCUCACUGCCUCCAUCAGCUCUCUGCCCAGCUCUGCAUUCUGCCUUGCACUGAGCUAUCCACAGGCCUUUCAACAGCACUGGGGCAGGGGGGAAUUUGAAAGUAUGAUGUACUCUCUGCCUUUGAUACAUACUUGGUGCUUUCUUUUAUGUUGUGAACUAAUUUACCUCCAAUUAAA